AUGAAUGAAACUACAGACAAACUUAACUCUUCUCUUAUUCUUCCUUUCAGCAAAGAUUAUGAAUUCUGUUCAAAUGGUGUGUAUUUCUAUUGUGGAAAGAUGGGUUCAGGUAAGACAUUUAACCUCAUUCGUCAUAUACUCAUAACAGAGCGUUUAGGAAACGACUCUUACUAUGACCAAAUCAUUAUAUCAGCAACUUCAGACUCUAUGGAUUCAACAGCGAAAACAUUCAUGAGUAAAGUUCAAGCAUCUGUCGUUAAAGUUCCAGAUAGCGAACUCAUUGAAUUUCUUCAACGUUACAUUCGACGUAAGAGAAAAUAUUAUGCUAUUGUAG